CGGCAGUCGGAGCGAGGGAGCCCAGCAAGAGAGCAGAGGUGAUCUGGCACUCGUCAGCCCGGGAUAACACCACCAUGAUGGGUUGACUCUCUGUGGGGGGGGCGGAGGGAGGGAGGCGGUCGGAGAGAGGAAGUGUGUGUGUGUGUGCGUGUGUGUGUGUGUGUGUGAGCGUUCCACGCCACCACCACCGCCGCCACCACGCGCUCAGCCAUGGAGACCAACAAAGUUCUUCAUUUUGUGCCGUUGGAAGCGCCUCCCUCUGGCAUGUCCAAGAAUGGGUACUUCUUUCAAGAAAUGGAGCAGAGGGAGGUGGAGCAGGACGAGGACCACGAGGGCCCGGAGGAGGGACAGGACUCGCCCAUCGCCUGUGAGGAUGACAUCCACCUGUACGACAACCAGAUCAGCCCGGGACCAGAAAGCGACGACUCAGGCUGCGUGCUGCUCAACACAUCCAGGAAGUAUGUGAAGCUGAUGAACUUCGAGGAGGAGAUCCGUGCCCACCGUGACCUGGACGGCUUCCUGGCGAGGGCGAGCAUCCUGUUGGAUGAGACGGCGGCAUCCCUGGACGACGUCCUGAAGAGGAUGCUGCACCACAUGGGUCAGGACAGCAAUGCCCCGGAGCCCAGCUGCAACUUCGAGGAGGUGAUGAGUUUGCUUUUCACCGACGCGGGCGCGCAGGAAGUCAACGCAGACAAGUCUCAGAGUUUUGUUUUCUUUGAUGACGUCCACCUGCUGUCAGAGACCAUCCAGGGGGUGACGGCCACCGACACAGGAGUCCAUUACCAGCAGUCCUGGCUCUGCAUACUCUGCAACGUGAAGAACCUGCAGAGGCGUCACGUGUGCAUCUCCCGCCUGGAGAGGCCGCAGAACUGGGGGGAGAACUGCUGCGAGGUCCGCUACGUCAUCCUUGUCCUGGCGCCGCUCAAAAUGAAAAGCACCAAGACGGCGAUGGAGCUGGGCAGGACGUUCGCCACGCUCUUCUCGGACAUCUCCUUCCGACAGAAGCUCCUGGAGACCAAGACACAGGAGGAAUUCAAGGAGGCGUUGGUGUUCCAGCGGCACCAGCUGACUGCCGCCAACCAGCAGCCCACCGCCCUGGGCAAGGAGGAGACGGACCCCCGCAGUCAGAAGCCCCUCAAGUGUAAAGAUUUCCUGAGAGCGGGCCGGGGGAUUUACGAGGACCUGUGUCGCAGACUGCCUCUCUACGCCUCUGACUUCACAGAUGGUAUUGUGGGCAAUAACAAGGCCCUGCUGAAGUACAUGACCACCGCCAUCUUUCUCUACAUCGCCAUCCUGCUGCCCGCCAUCGCUUUUGGCUCCCUCAACGAUGAGAGCACGCGCGGCGAGAUUGAUGUGCGGAAGACCAUCAUCGGCCAGAGCAUCGGAGGCGUCAUCUACUCCCUGUUUGCUGGUUCCCCUCUGGUCAUCCCCCUGACCACAGCUCCCCUCGCCAUCUUCAUCAGUGUGAUCCGAGGAAUCUGCGAUGACUACAACCUGGACUUCCCGGCCUUCUACGCCUGCAUCGGCUUGUGGAACUGCUUCUUUCUCAUCCUGGGAGGAGUUUUCAACGUGAGCCUGGUCAUGAAGCUCUUUAAAAGGUCAACAGAGGAGGUGAUUGCUCUCUUCAUCUCCAUUGCCUUCGUGGUGGACGCUGUCAAGGGAACAGUCAAAAUCUUCCAGAGGUACUACCACCCAACAAUGCUCGCCAAUGCGAGCACAGGUCAGUUGAGGCAUGUGGCAGAGCUGCUGGAGAGCAACAAAAGCAAUGUGACAGGGACGACGGCGUCCUCGGUGCUGCACGUCUUGCCUGAGACGCUGAUCCACUGCACGCGAGAAAGGCCCGUCCUCUGUCUGCUGCUCAUGAUGGGAACCUUGUGGAUGGGAUACACACUCUACCAGUUUAAGAGGAGUCCGUUCCUGCACGCCAAAGUGAGGGAGGUGUUGUCCGACUGCGCCCUGCCCAUCUCAGUGCUGCUCUUCUCCUUCAUUGGGUCGUACCUGUUCAGUGACAUUGAGCUUCCAGUCUUCAAAGUUCACGAUCGGCCCAUCUUCAACGUGGCUCCCUUCGAGCGCCUGUCGGCCAUGAACGUGCUCAGCGCCAUGGGCCUGGGCUUCCUCCUGGCCCUCCUCAUCUUCAUCGACCAGAACAUUGUGGUGUCGCUGACCAACGCGCCAGAGAACAGGCUGUUAAAGGGCACGGCGUACCACUGGGACCUGAUGCUGUCGGGCCUCAUCAACAUCCUGAUGUCAGUGCUGGGGCUGCCUUGGAUGCACGCCGCCUUCCCGCACUCCACGCUGCACGUGCGCCAGCUGGCCUUCGUGGAGCAGCGUGUGGAGGGAGGACACCUCUACGAGACUAUCGUGCAGGUGAAGGAAACGCGCCUGACCUCGCUGGCCGCCAACAUCUUCAUCGGUGUGUCGGUGCUGCUGCUGCCCGUCCCGCUGCAGUGGAUCCCCAAACCUGUCCUGUACGGCCUCUUCCUCUACAUCGCACUCACCUCCAUCGAUGGCAACCAGAUGUGCGACCGCAUGGCCCUCCUCCUCAAGGAGCAGACGUCUUACCCGCCCACCCACUACAUCCGCAAAGUGCCCCAGAGGAAGAUCCACUACUUCACCUUCCUGCAGAUGAUGCAGCUGCUGGUGCUGUGCACAUUUGGCAUGUACCCCAUCCCCUACAUGAAGAUGAUCUUCCCUCUGGUUAUGAUCCUGCUCAUCCCCAUCAGGAACAGCGUGCUUCCCCGCAUCAUUGAGGCCAAAUACUUGGACAUCAUGGAUGCCCAGCACAUGUAGCUACAGAAGAAAGGAGUGCCGCAUGCAGUAAAGACAUUGGGAGUCCAAGAAGGGCAAAGAAAAAAAAAGAGAUAUUUUUCAAUGCAAAAACUGUGCAGAGUCAUAAAGGAACUUGGAAAAAAACAAAGCAACGAUUUUUGUAUUAGAACAUUCCGCUGGAGAAACAGAAAGCUGCACCGCAGGAAAUACUAAAGAGGAGCGAACGGACGGAAUCUCGAUGGGACAAUCCAGGACGUCCAGUGGACAGCCCCACCCCGUCCCUUUGCAGUGUGUCCAUGUCUGUGUGCUAUCUUGUGGCUAAGUCCUUGAACUGCUCGCUAACGCCGUGUAAGUACGAGCUCUGGCAACUCGGUGGAAUGGCACCGUGUCACGUGACGUCGCGUCACGUGACAUCGCGUCAUUCACUGUUGGGACGCUUUAGUCACGUGACGUACUUACACUGUGUUGGUUAGUUGUUAAAUACUUCUCCAUGGAGUACGACAGUGGACUUUUUCUUUUCUAUGUUCCUCUCACUCUGCUCUUUAACAUUCCAUGAAGGACGCGCGUCUUUUCUUUCCACUCCAUGCAUUUUUCCUGCUUUCUGUCAAAAAAAAGACUAUUUUUAUGGGUGAGGAGGUGGAAGACAAAUUCCCUUUCAACAUUCAUUCAAAGCAUUGCAUCGAUAUUUGGAACAGGGGUGUCCAUAGUGCAGCCGGGGGGCCAUUUUUGGCCCGCAGCUCAUUUUUGAUUGGCCCUCACCAUAUUGUAAAAAUAGAUUAUUAAUAAGAUAUAUUGUUAUUAGCUUAGAUGUGUAUGUUUUGUUCAGAUAGCUUAGCAUUGACCUAUCAGUAAAUUUGGGCAAACAAAAAAAUCCCACUUCUUCUCCAUGAUUCUACUUUUUCUGUAACAAAUUUGUCAAAAUGUUAUUAUUUUUAUUAUUAUUUUGUUUAUUUCAUUCAUUCAUUCAAAGCUUUCCAAUGUCAAAAUGUCCACGUCAUCUGUUGGUCGCAUUCCAGAAAUGCCCAGUAUUCCCAAAAUCCCCACUGGCAUUCCCCACCAUACCAACUUUAUUUCUAAAGCACUUUAACAACAACCACAGCUGAAGCAAAGUGCUGUAAAUCAGAGCAGUCAGAUGUGCUAAAAAGGUGAAAACUAAUAUUGAAAUCAAGUUAGGAAACACAACUAAAAGGCACUUGUUCUCAAAUAUCAUAAAAAGUUAUUUGAUCAAACAUAUCAAAUAAAAGUGAUUUAAUACAAAUUCACCCAGAAUUUGAUAUAAAAAUGAGAAUUUUCCCUUUUAAUGUCUGAUGUCUAAACCGAUUCAGACCAGUGUUAGCGUCGAAACACUCAUUGACAACUUAGCAGGACAUUUGUGCCAUCAAAAUUCCCACUUUUUCCCCGUAAUUCUGCAUUUUCCAAAACGCAUCCCCCUUGAAAAGGAAAAUUAAUUUGAAUCCGUUCCUCUCACUGCGCUCUAUCGGAACCUUUCACAUUCUACUGUAACAGUCUACUAUACUAUACUAUACUUUACAUUAUACAAUACUUUAACAUGCCCUAUUCUGCCCUAUUCGUGAGGGUUACCGGCGGUUCAGAGAAAAAAAAAAGUGAAAAAACACCCAUAAAAAUGUCUUUUUGGCUCUCUAACAAAGCCUGGAUUAUGCUGCUACGUCGAGGCGCCACCGUACUCGAUGCCGACUCGCUCCUCCACCUCCAAACCCUUCUCCUAGCUUGAUGUUGAUCUUUCCUCCAAUUUCGGAUCAACAUUUGAAAUAAGAGACUGAUGUAAUUAUUAGAUUCGAUUCAAGCUCCAAUAACCCUCCCUGCCUCGUUCUAAUUGCCGUAGUUCACUGGUGACGAAGGAAGCUAACAAGCUAAAUGCACAGGAACAUAAUCCAGGUCUAAGCACUAAAUAUGCCGCACACGCUUAUUAAACACAUUUUUGAAGUAUAAAAUGUAUCGGCACGCAUCACUAAUGAUGGAUAAUCUAAGAUGAACAAACCAGAUGGACUCGGAGUCGCAGUGUAGCCUUUAGCCUGGUCGUCAGGCGAGUGCAACGACUGUGCUUCCGUCUUCUGUGGGGCCACCUUGAUCACCCUCUAAAGCAGCUAACGGCUCCAUAGGAUGCUGGGUCGUCCCGGCUAGUCGGUGAAGGCAUUUCUCCAAGCCGCGUCUACAUAACUUCUAUACACUGCUUGCCUGUUGUAAUCUUACUCUGACGUCACAGCUAAAUGUCAUGCAUGCAUGCUGUAUCAUCACAUAUUUAUCAAUUAUUACUAACUCAGGGUGAAUGAGAUGUGUUUCGUGCAACAAAAAAAGGCAGAGAGAGAAAAAAGCAUGAAUGGGCGGGUUUCAAUUCAAUUAAUUUGACCAAAAAUCUGCAAAUUUGCAGGAACAUGAAUGCUGAAUUGUGAAUAUGCAGCUAUUCACUGUACUAUCCUUUAACAUUCCGCUAUUCUUGAACAUCCUGUUACAGUGGUGUGAAAAAAGUGUUUGCUCCCUUCCUGAUUUUUUUUUGUGUGUGUCUGUCACACAAUGUUUUAGAUCAUCAAACAUAUUUAAAUAUUAGUCAAUGCCAACACAAAUGAACACAAAGUGCAGUUUUUAAAUGAAACUUUUUUAUUAUUAAGGGAGGAAAAAAGUCCAACGCUACAUGGCCCUGUGUGAAAAAGUGAUUGCCCCCUAAACCUAAUAAGUGGUUGGGCCACCCUUAGCAGCAAACAACUGUAAUCAAGCGUUUGUGAUAACUUGCAAUGAGUCUCUUACAGCGCUGUGGAGGAAUUUUGGCCCACUCAUCUUUGCAGAAUUGUUGUAAUUCAGCCACAUUGGAGGGUUUUCCAGCAUGAACACCUUUUUAAGGUCAUGCCACAGCAUCUCAAUAGGAUUCAGGUCAGGACUUUGACUAGGCCACUCCAAAGUCUUCAUUUUGUUUUUCUUCAUCCAUUCAGAGGUGGACUUGCUGGUGUGUUUUGGAUCAUUGUCCUGCUGCAGAACCCAAGUUGCUUUCAGCUUGAGGUCACCAACAGAUGGCCGGACAUUCUCCUUCAGGAUUUUUUGGUAGACAGCAGAAUUCAUGGUUCCAUUUAUCACAGCAAGUCUUCCAGGUCCUGAAGCAGCAAAACAGCCCCAGACCGUCACACUACCACCACCAUAUUUUACUGUUGGUAUGAUGUUCUUUUUCACACAUGGUCGUGUGGGUUUGGAUUUUUUUUUCUCCCUUAAUAGUAAAAAGUUUCAUUUGAAAACUGCAUUUUGUGUUCAGUUGUGUUGCCAUUGACUAAUAUUUAAAUUUGUUUGAUGAUAUGAAACAUUUAAGUGUGACAAACAUGCAAAAAAAUAAGACAUCAGGAAGGGGGCAAACACUGUUUUACACCAAUGUACACUUCCGCAUUCCAUAAAGGACGCGCGUCUUUUCAUUCCAUUCUUGACAUUAGUCUUGCUUUCUGUCUGCUCCUUCAAAAAAACAUUUUAUGGGUGAGGAGGUGAAAAGUAGAUGAAAAAAAAGAAGCUAUACAGUAUAUUGUGUCAUGAUUUAGAAUGGCAGCACAAACCAAAACAUGUAGUUCAACCUUUAUUAAAUGCGUAUAUUAGAAUAUGUUAUUGCUUUAGGUUGCAUCGAGUUUGAAAUAUUUGUUUGUCUUUUGGAAAUGCUUAUCUUAUCUAAGGAGCUUUACGUUACUCCAAGUGGGGUUCAUGCUGGUGUUACAACACAACACAACACAGGCACACACCACUCUAGUGGUGCAGUGCUCGACAACACAGACACACACAGAAAACACAUCAUUUUUGUAGCCUCUAUUUGUUUUGAUUUGAAAAUGUUCAAUAAUCUUUUGGAUUCAGAAAAAUGCGAUUUGUACGCUUCUGUAUUGCUUUUCAGACGACGGCGAGAGGAAGCGUCGUCGUCAAUACCCAGCAAUACCGUGCAGAAAAGCUCAGCGAGGAGGCCGUGACCCGUCAACGGAAACUAUUUUUUAACACACACAACUUUUUUCCAGCUCCCUCGUGCAGCUCAGAUGCUAGAAAGAUGUCCAAGCUUAAAGCCCUUGUCUCGCAAGACAUUUGCAUAAUCCUUGGACCGAGCCUUAAGUCUCAAGGCCUCGCUGGCAGAGUCAGACUCACAUGUACAGUUUCAGAUGCAAAACGCUGACUUUUUAUCUUCUUCUUCAUCCUGAUCCACAGUGUUUGUUUCUGACUUACACUAACGUGACUGUGUUGUUGUUGUUGUUGUUGGUAGUUUCUCUGUACGGAUCAUUCUGGAAUCACAGCAAGAGGACGUUCCAACACUCUUGUUUGUGCCCAACCCGCGCCCCCACCCCCAAAAUAUGAAUUAGUUUGAACAUUCCGUAACGUGCUGUUAUGUUUUCUUUUUUCUUUCACAGAGCCUACUUUUCUAACCAUGAAUGUAAGACAUGUGGGUUUUUAUAUAGCGUACUAAUUUAGGUGUCAAACACAACCUGUAAUUUUGUCUAAAAGAUCAGCUAUAUUUGUAAGCUGUAAAAAUGAGAAAAAACAGAAUGUGUUGGUUUAUUAUAGUAUAUAAAUAAAUAAAUAUAUAUAUAUAUAUAUAUAAUGUACACUGAAGAAGAGAGACUGUCUCAAGCUGUUUGCCAAAUAAAAAGUAGUAGAUGUAAAAAAAAAAAAAUC